AUGGAGGAAGCGUCUGUGCCCCUCGAAUAUAUGGAUGUGGAAGUACGCGUCCUGCAGAUUGAGGGUAGCGUACCAGUCCCCGGGAUCCAGGGAGGGAAUGAUGGAGACCAUGCGGAACUUGAGCUUCACCAUGUACUGGUCCAGGCCUCGCAGGUCCAGGAUGGGCUGAGCCCCCCUUUGGCCUUCGGAAUGACAUGGGAACCAAAUUUACAAACUACCUCAAAAACAGCUGACUUUGAACUCUACAGACAUGAGGAAAAUCAGGCUGAGAAGAUCGGUUUUGUGCCCAGGAAAGUAGAUUCUGGGGAUAUUCCAGUUCUUUGUUCAAUAUGUCAACAAACAAUAUACCCACAUCAACUUUUUUAUCAUAAAAAAGAGCACAAAGCCCUAGCUCUACUGGGUUAUCAUCGUCCAUGGAUUGAAACGGACACCAACAAACUUUUACUUCAGAGACAGCAAUUAAUUUCAAGACUGAUCAAGUUUUCUAAAUACACUGAAAGAGACAAACAGAAGAUUGAUUGUUCGUUAGAGCUACUUAAGAAUAAAUCAAAGGGCAUCUCAUAUUUUAGUGUUGAUAAUAUUGUUGACAGUUCUGGAUACCUCAAGAAAGUAAGCAAUUCUCUAAUAAAAGCAUUAGCAAUUUGCCAAGACAAAAAUUCAACAUGGCGAGCAGAUAUGGAAGAUACAUUCAUUGUGCUAGAUAAUUAUGGAAAUAGGUCAGAUACGUGUUUUUUGGGCUUAUUCGAUGGAUAUCAUGGUGUGUUUGCUGCUGAGACAGUUUCAGCAGAGUUUCCACUUUUAUUUCUUGACCAACUGUCUCAGACUGAUUCCUCUUACAAAGUGAGUGGAAAUGAGGAACAGAUCCUAGAUUCUUUUGUCACAGUAAUCAAGGGAAAUUACAGGGAUCAGGAAAAGGUUUUCUCUGGUAAAACAGACAGUGAUAAGAAAACCAAGCCAAACACUUAUGAAUGGAUUCACAAAGCAUAUGCGAAGUCCUUUUGGAGAAUGGACAGACUUUUACGACUUGGAAGGAAUGAGGUUUCCAAAGUUCGCUGGAGUAGCUGUACAGCUGUUACCUGUUUAGUGGAAAGGAUCAGUAAUGAAAAGAGCAUCAAGGAACAAGAGGAGACAAUGCUGCUUGAAAACACCACUACUAAUUCAGCAAAUCCAUCCGAAAGCAGUACUGGGAUACUGCAUAUUGCUAACAUUGGUAAUAUACAUGCAGUCUUAUGCAAAAAUGGAAAAAGCUACUGCCUUACCAAAGAACACAGCACUUCUAAUUCAAAGGAAAGAGACCGUAUACUUCAGAAUGGUGGAAACAUCAGCACAAAUGAACCAAAAGGACUAGUUGAAGGGCUCAUCAGAGCUACUCGUGGCCUUGGACAUCAUGGAGAUCCAAAGUUGAAAAAAUCUGUUAUUCCUGUACCACAUACCAUAUCUGUCCCUACAGAUGAUUCAUGUCAAUUCCUUAUUUUAGCUUCUAAUGGGCUUUGGGAAGUUCUGGAUAAAAAUGAAGUGGUUAUAUUAACUCUAAGAAUGUUCACCUCUUAUUUGGAAAUGUAUGCCCAGCGAGAAGAGAUUUCUAUGCACAAAUAUCAGUAUUCAAUAAUUCCCUAUGAAGACUAUUUAUGUAGUUCAAUGGAUAUUAAUGACUUAGAAGACAGAAUCCAAUUAUGGUAUUUUAAUAAAGAGGCUUUCCUCCAGAAUCAACAUGAAGGCAGUCUGAAACAAAAUAAUAAAAAAUCAUGCUCAUGUAACAGAAGAGAUUCGCAAAAUGAAAACAGGAUGCAGCCAGGCUCUAACAAAGAGAGUUCUGAAGAAGUGCAGCAGUUAGACGAUCACGUAAAACAAGCAGAUACCAAAGCUUGUCUGUCUAAUAAUCACGGAACAUGUUCACAACACACAGAGAUAAUCCAGUCAGCCUCUGGCAGUCAAGAAGGUUCUGAAGAAUUGAAACAGUUUGACGACGAUACAAAAGCAUAUCUGUCUAAUAAUCGUGGAUCACAUUCACAAAUUGCCAGCAAAGGAGAAAUAAAUUCGGCAACAUUCUAUGACAGUGCAGCAAAUUACAUUAGUAAACAACUGGUAAAAACUGCAUUAGCAGCAGGUUCUCGAGAUAAUAUUACUAUUUUGGUUGCACUUCUAAAUGGAUGUGAUAAGAUACCUAAUUAUAUUCAAAAUGUGUAAUGUGCUUACCGGACAGAGUACCAAAGUGUGUACAAUAUACCCUAGAUUUAGGCAAGUCAAGUUACAUGAGG